AUGGCAAAAAAAAUUAAAAAUACAUUAAACAGUUUCCCAGAAUUAGAGAAGCGCGUUAAAGAGAAAGAUAAAUUAUUUCACAAAUUACUGAAAAAACAAAAGAAGUACGAGUUUAUAUGUAGCUUUAAUUGCGAUGAAAAAGAAGAACGUAGUGCAUUCACUUGGGUAUUACAGAAUGAGUAUUAUUGCAGUUCUUUAGAGGAAUUGCAUAAUAAAAUCAAUAACAAACUAAAUGAAACUAUGGAACAACUGAAAGUAAAAAUUAUGAUAAAACUCUCAAGCGAUAACGAAAAUUAUAAAGAGAGUAUUAAAAAUAUCAAAAACAAUUUAACGGAUCGAGCCUUACAGGAGUUCGGUCGGACAAUGUAUGAUAUUCUGUUUCUACAAGAUCAGUAUCAUCACUUUGUUGAAGAUCUAAACAUAACAGUAGCAGAGAAAAACAUAUUUUCUUUAAAAGAACUAAGCGUACAAUUAGAUGAUAAAUUAUUGCAACUUGACAGAGUUGUCGAAACAUAUGGGCAGCAUUGUAAAACUUGUGGCAAAGACCUUUUUCUGCGGGGUACGAGAAAUACAAAGUCUACUUUCAAAGAAGACAGUUCAGAAAAUAUUGUUUAUAGAUUAAUAGGUGACAAAUUUAAUGAAACUGAAGUUAAAAUUAAGAAUGAUUUAAAUAAAAUAUUCAAUGAAUUGAAUGUAAUGGUAAAAGAAGUCGAAAAUGGAAAUACUGAUAUAGCUAAUUUAAAACCCAUUCAAGAAGAGAUUUUAAAAAUGACAAAUGUUGAAAAAGAACAGAUGGAAGCACUGAAAAGUAAGACUCCGCAGUCAACAAUAAAACACGUAUUAGAUUUAAUUAAUGAAUCACAUAAUUUACUGAAAAGCGUCGAUGAAAAAAUUAUCGCCAUUAAGACUCUUGUAAGCCAAUGAUAGUAAACGAAACCUUGUAUAUGUGUCUUAUUUAUCGAAUAAAAUAUUUAUUGCAUAAUUUUAUUUAAAA